AAAAUGAAAAAAGAAAAGAAAAGAAUUGUCAUUCGUGUAAAUUAUAAGGUGAGACUAAUUACUUAAAACAUGAUCUGCAUAUCAAUCAAAGUUUGGAGAAUCUUCAACCGUCGCCGUGGUUUCCUCAAGUCUGAAAUUUGUGGUGUUGGGUGCUUUUUAACUGCUGCAGGGCCUGUGAUUGUGGUUAUUGUUUGGUUAUUUCUACCCAUCACUGUGGUGUUUCUCAAGUCUGAAACUUGUGGUGCUGGGUUCUUUUUAACUGCUGCAGAGUCUGUGAUUGUGGUUAUUGUUAGGUUAUUUCUACCCGUCGCCGUGGUGUUUCUCAAGUUUGAUACUUGUGGUGCUGGGUACUUUUUAACUGCUGCAGGAUCUGUGAUUGUGGUUAUUGUUUGUUUUAAUUCUACCCACCUCUUUAACUCAAUCCAGGUGGAUAGAAUGUCUGAUGCUCACCAACUAACCUCUAGUGGUGAAAUUCGGAGGGCGCCCGAUCCUCCUAUACUGCGCCUCGUUCCGAAAGAGAAGGACCAGGACGAACUUCGCAGAUUUUCCUUUGCUGGUCAUUUACUAGCCGAUGAAGAUAAUGUUAAAAGUGGAGUCGUGUACAGCAUUUUGAAAAGCGCAUGGAGACCCAAGGGAGGACUGGAGGUUCAUGAGCAAUCCAAGAACACCUUUAUCUUCCUUCUUUCUGAUGAGACAGAGAAGGAUCGCAUAUUCCAGGAGUCUCCAUGGUUUGUGAAGGGGUCCCACAUCAUCCUUAAGGAAUGGCCUGAUUCACAGAGAUUUGAUGAAAUUGCCUUCUCACAUUCAGCCUUCUGGGUACAAGUUCAUGGAUUACCAAAAGGCUGUAUGACCCCAGACAAUAUUCAACUCAUUGGCUCCCUUUUCCCUCGGUUAAUUUCUUGGGACAAAUCUACUUUGGGGGGACUAGAGAGCUUCCUACGCCUAAGAGUUGAAAUAGAUGUGCAUCUUCCACUAUUAUCAGGUUUUCAAUUUCGAAUGCAGGGGGAUGAAAUCUGCUCAGCUGAAUUUAAAUAUGAAAAAUUGGUUGAUUUCUGUUAUAGAUGUGGCAUGCUUGGCCACACGCAAAAAUCUUGCAAUGACUUUAGAUGGAAAGAUGAAGAUGGAAACUAUAUCACACAACCAAGACCCCAAUAUGGCCCACAUAUGAGGGUUCAAGCUUAUUCUCCGAGGAAGCAUUUCGGGUCCAUUCGCGAGACAAAGCAAAAUCCGCAAUUAAACGUGGAACCACCGGCAAACAUGGCACAACUCCGGCAUGAUGCAAAACAGCCGGUCACAAACACACCAGUCAAUGCAGGACCGAAGUUGGUGCAUGACGUGGAAGAUAUGACACUGUUGGGUGGAGUACCUGCUGAGGUUGAGCGCGUGAACCAGCUUUCCUCAGAAUCGCCGCCCCACGCAUUUAUUGCCUGCAAGCCUUCUUGUAGUGACAUAAUUACUCAUCCAGCUGGAGGAUCACCAUCCUUGCUGCCAUCCACGUUCACCCCAGAGCAGAGAACUCCCCCAUUAAAUGCGAUUGUGACCGGAGAAGAUGCCUUCUUAUCUGUUCAGACCCUUGAAUGUUCAAGAACCUCGGACGAAUUCACUGGACACCAACAAACCUCCUACCCUAUCCAAAUUGACCCAGAGAAGUCUACUAUGGAUGUUGAAGUGGGCUUCAUUCUAUCCGAACAGGUAAAGGCCCAUUUAUCACUGGGAAGGUCGGUAAACCCCGGGAAAAAACGUAAAGUUGAGAUUGGGCCUUUUGAGCAGAUAUUUAAACGGGCCUACAUUAGAGAUGCUGAAGCCUCUGGACUCCUAUGCUCCCCUAUUCAAUUACAAGCAGCCCUCGCAAUGGAUAGAUCCGAGUUCCACAAACAAGAUCAGCAAGGUUUCUUCACAAAUGUAAAUGAGACUAUUACUGUGAAGAAAAUUCGUAGAAGAAUCCGUCAGCAAGCCCUCAAUCAUCAUGUGCGAUUUCAGCCAGAUACUAGAGUCUCCCGUCUCCAAGACUUUCAUCCAACACAGAUCCCCUUUAAUGAACCCCCAUUUAUUCCAGUACUUCCUUUAGUCAAUACAACUCCAGCCACCCUCACCAACAUGAACAUCCUUUCUUGGAAUUGUCAGGGCCUUGGGCAAGCCCUAACAAGAAGAGUGCUGAAAGACCUUAUCUUUAAACAUCGCCCUUGCUUAGUUUUUCUGAUGGAGACUAAAAAGACCAUGAGGUAUCUGGAGGGAUUACGAAGGAGACUCUCUUUUGCUAACGGAGUGUAUGUUGAACCACAAGGCUAUUCAGGGGGUCUAGCUUUGUGGUGGACAGACGAAGUUCAUAUUUCAAUCUUUUCAUCGGACAAAAAUAUGUUCGACGGAAGCUUGUCUGAUGCGGAAUAUAAUGUCACUUGGCAUUUUUCAUUUAUAUAUGGGGAACCUAACAUCCAGAUGCGAAGAGAUAUGUGGAGUAGAGUGAUUGAGUUGAAGCGUGCUGCAGUGAUUCCUUGGCUGUUAAUGGGGGAUCUCAAUUUGGUUGGAGACAGCUUUGAUAAAAAAGGGAAAUCGCCUUCAAAGGUGCGAGAUACACAUGCCAUCCCUACAAUCCCUAGGAGACAAUUUCGCUAUGAGCUUAAAUGGCAGCAACACAGGGACUAUGAAGGAGUGAUAGCUCAAGGUUGGGCAACAGAACGAUCUGGCUCUCCUUUGUAUUGCAUGUCCUCCAAACUUGCUCAUUGUAGAAAACAUCUGAUGCACUGGUGGAAACACACAGGAAGAAAUUCUCGGCUUGAGGUGGAGCGAUUACAGAAGGAACUUGAUCAGUUACAAUUAGAAGAACAAUCAGAAGCAAACUUAUCCCGACAAAGGCUGUUGAUUGAUGAAAUUAAUUCCCUGUGGCUACAGGAAGAAACACAUUGGUUCCAGAGAGCCCGCACCAAUUGGAUACUCCUUGGCGAUAGAAACUCCAAGUACUUUCAUGCCAUGGCCUCUCGCAGAAGACAGAACAAUUACAUUUUCCAGCUACAGAAUGAACAAGGCACACUUUUGGAGGGGACUGACUCUCUUUUGGAUCAUGCUUAUACCCAUUUUCAACAGGCCUAUGAUUCCCUAGAAACUUGCUCUUUUAAUCAGAUUGAGGGACUUAUAAGACCGUUGGUGACUACAGAAAUGAAUGAAGACCUAUGCCGGGCUGCUUCGGAGGAAGAAAUAAGAGCCACAGUAUUCCAAAUGGGCGCACUAAAAGCCCCUGGAGUUGAUGGUUUUCCAAGGUGCUUCUACCAACAGCAUUGGGAUCUGGUUGGCAAUGAUGUUUGUAGGGCUGUACAACAUUUCUUUACAAAUGGUUUCAUGCUUAGGGAGAUGAACAAGACAAAAAUAGUUCUUAUCCCUAAAGUCAAAAAUCCUAAGUCUGCAUUUGUUCUUGGAAGGACCAUACAAGAUAACAUUAUAAUUGCACAUGAAGCUUUCCACGGCUUACACCUAAAAAAGUCAGGUAAGCAUGGUAUUAUUGCUUUGAAACUAGACAUUCGGAAAGCUUAUGAUAAUGUUAAUUGGAGUUGCUUGGAAUAUAUUAUGAGGGCACAUGGGUUUUGCGAUAAAUGGAUCCAUAUGGUGAUGCAAUGUGUUUCAACUGUGUCAUAUACAGUGGGAAUCAAUGGCAACCAAACUCCUUUUUUCAGCCCUCGACGAGGACUUCGCCAAGGAGACCCAUUAUCCCCAUAUCUUUAUCUCUUCAUAGCGGACAUUUUAUCUCGGCUACUAACGGCAGCCACUUCAGCAAAGCAACUUACUGGCUAUAAGAUCAGAAGACGAAGCCCGGUUAUCAGCCACCUUCUCUUUGCAGAUGACUCCUUAAUCUUUUGUCGGGCUACAAUCGAGGAGAUAUGCCAAUUGCAAUCUAUUCUGCAAGUCUAUGGAGAUGUUUCAGGCCAGAAAGUCAAUUUCUCUAAAUCUACUGCCAUGUUCAGUUCAAACACUCCAAUGGAGGUACGAAACUUAAUCUGUAAUAAACUUGACAUACGAGUCGAGUCGACUUUCUCAAAAUAUCUCGGUGUUCCAAUCUCAUGGGGGAGGUCCAAAAGGGACUGCUUACAAUAUGUUGUCGAUAAAAUACAGCAAAAACUCACUUACUGGAAAAAGAGUUUGUUAUCACAAGCUGGUCAAGAAAUUUUAAUUAAAGCAGUAGCUAUGGCCAUCCCCACCUUCACCAUGUCUUGUUUUCUUUUCCCUGCAGGAGUCUGUCAGGAUAUCAACAGAAUCAUCAGGGAAUUUUGGUGGGGCCAACAAGCUCAGGAAAGGAAAAUAUGCUGGGUCAGCUGGAACCAACUAUCAAAAAGCAAGCAUGUGGGAGGUAUGGGCUUUAAAGAUCUCUACUGUUUUAACCUAGCAAUGCUAGCUCGACAGGCUUGGAGACUAUUGCAAAAUCCUAAUGCCUUAUGGGUCCGUGUCUUAAAAAGUCUAUACUUCUCAGAUUCCUCCUUUUUGUCUGCUAGAAAAGGAAGUCAUCCCUCUUGGAUUUGGUUAAGCAUUUUAAGAGGAAGGGAGAUCAUUCAAAUCGGAACGAGAUGGAAUGUCGGGAACGGUCAAAACAUUCUGAUUUUUGAAGACAAAUGGGUUCCCACUCUACCAGGAUUUAAGGUGACUUCUCCUGAAACUCAAUCUUUGUUUUCUUAUGUUUGUGAACUACUUGAUGAGGGAGGAGAAUGGGAUAUUACAAAAUUAAAUGCUAGCUUCAGCAACCAAGAAUGCAGAGAAAUUCUCAAAAUCCCGACUGGGGCAUGUCCUGACUCUCUUAUCUGGCAUUAUGAUAAAGUUGGGAAAUUUUCAGUCAAAAGUGCCUAUUUCCUUGCUUAUAAUAUGGCCCGUGAACCAAGUAUACAUGAGACCAAUAGGGACAUGACCAUCGGAGAAUGGAAACAAUUAUGGCGAUUGAAAAUUCCCCCAAAGGUUCGUGUGUUUUUGUGGAGAGCUAUACUAAAUUCUCUGCCCUCUUUAGAUAAUUUGGUAAAAAGAGGAGUUUUACAAGAGAUGACAUGCCCUAAUUGUCAGGGGGCGGAUGAGACCUUAAUGCAUCUCUUAUUUUUUUGCCCUCAAGUAGAACCAAUUUGGUUUGGUUCAACCUUGGGUCUUAACCCUAGGCAAUUGGGGGUGUUUUGCUUUAGAGAAUGGUGGAGAUAUAUUAAUGAUGUUGCAAAGCAAAUGGGUUUACCAUCUCUGGUUGAACAAUGUGCAAUAAUCUGUUGGCACAUAUGGAAGGCAAGAAAUGAGAAACACUUUGAACAGGUUAAUUUUAAUCCUCACCAAAUUCUUGCUCGUAUCUCUGCUAUGAUCCAAGACUACUCCUCUAGCAUGUCUAAAAACUUAUUGCUAACCCCUUCCAAGGCAAGAGAUAAUGGGAAACAACAGCAAUCCUCCUGGGUUAGACCUCCAAUGGGCUUCCUCAAAGUCAAUGUGGAUGCCUCUUUCUCUUCCCAAACGGGUUGGGCCGCACUAGCCAUGGUUGGUCGCGACUUUAAAGGUGAAAUUCGUUUUGGAGAAUUCUGGCUCUCUAUGGCACUAUCACCGCUUAUGGCAGAGGCGGUUGCUUUGUGCAAAGCUGCUAAAUAUAUGGAAAACAGGGGCGCCCAAAAUGUCCUGUUUGAAUCAGAUAACCAAGCUUUAAUUACAUUCCUAUUGCAACCUGCCAAACCAAUCCCAUGGGAGAUUAAGUCAAUCAUCCUGUCCCUUAGAGAAAUCUCUCAUCGACACCCGAAUUUCAUGUUUUCCUUUAUUCCACGAAAGGAUAACAAGGUUGCAGAUUGGGUGGCUAAACAGUCACUUAAAGGGCAAUGCCCCUUUUUUUGGGCACAUAGACCUCCUAAUGUUCUGUUCUCCUUACUUGUACAGGAUGGUCUUUGUACAUAAUGUACAUUAUUAUGAAAUACUAUAUAAAUUUCCUUUUCCUCA